UUAAUUAGUUGUUUGUUCUCUCUGAUUCGGAACAUAAAUCGACGACGCUACUACGAUUACAGCUCUGCCAAACGCGACGGGAUCUCGGUUGGGUGAAUAAAUAAGACGUUAAAAUGUUGGGGAAAGGAAGAAAAAUGUCUGGUAGAGAGACUGUUGCAGCAAACUACGCUUUUGGCCCGGGCGAAGAUGAUGUCAUUAUAAAACACAGGCUUCUGACCCGUACAACUACUACGAGAGGUGAACCACCAUUGAAGAAACUUCAAAGGAAGUUUACCUCAUUCGUCUUAGAGGUUGAAAAGGAUGAAGAUAACUACAAUGAUUGUGCAAAACUUUCCAAGGCUUUCUUACAAGAGUUGUCCACUUUUGAGAUUCCUUUACUAAAGAGUAAAGCUGUUAUUGAGGCAAAUCUUAGAGAGAAGGAGAAUUUUAAUGAGUUAAAAGAUGAGAUAAAUCGGCAAAUAUCACUGGCACAGACUGAUAUAGAAGAUCUAAAGAAACAACUAGAGGAAAGUAAGAUUGAGAGGCAACACAAGGAGGAGUGUGAGGCGAUUAGGAAACUAAUUGCCGCACAGCCACCAAGAUCAGAGACACAGAAAAGCAUAAGAGAGAUAGAGAAAGAGAUCGCCGCAUUAGAGGCAGAGAAUACUGCUGGUUCAAGAUUACUGGAGCUUCGGAAAAAACAGUUUGCGUUGCUUCUGCAUGUGGUGGAUGAGUUGCAAAAUACCAUAGAGGAGGAACAGAAGAAUUUGAUUGAGGAGAUGAGAAUGGUGACUGAAGAGCAGAAGAAUGGGAUAGAAGAUGCUAAUGGGGGCUCUGAAGCCAUAGCUGUUGAUUAGCUUGGAGCUGCAUCCAAGUUUCGCGGUUGUAAGGUUUUGUAGUUUCAAAUCAUGAUCAUUUCCAUUCGAAUAGUAGUUUUGAAGUUCAAUGUUGUUGCACAUCAGAAUAUUCUUAAUAAGUUGUAACUUAUUUAGCUAAAGAUUCUAUCGUUGAUGGUCUAUAAUUGAC